ACAAAGAGCUCAAAUAUUACAUGAUAAAGCUAUUGUCACUGUUGAAUUAAGUUAUGCUCCAUUUAGCACCAGCGCAACACAAAUAUGUAUCAAUGCAGCUACCUUGGCUUUAAUAGAUGCUGGUAUACCGAUGUCAGAUUAUGUUUGUGCUUGUUCCGCUGGUUGUAUUGAAGAUGAGGCAAUUUUAGAUUUAAACAAUAUUGAAGAAUCAUGUAAUACGCCAGAAUUGAGUGUAGCUUUAUUGCCAAAAUCUGGAAAAGUAGCUUUAUUACAGAUGGAAUCACAUCUUCACGUUGACAAAUUUGAAUUAGUGAUGGAACAGGCAGCUAUAGGAUGUAAAGAUGUGUAUAACGCAUUGAAUCAAGAAGUUAUAGUUAAUAUGAAAGAAUUAAUAAAUAAAAUGUCCAUAUAA